GUUUUUUUCUUCACACACGUAACGUCGUCUGCGAUAAAAUUUUGAUGGUGACAGAAUUGAAGUAAAAUUUGAAUCGGAGAUAUGGCAGCAGGAGCAAAUGUUGGUCGUGAUGAGGCGUAUACCACCAUCAACAAUGCUGCAAUUGCAGUCACCACCACCACUGCUGCCACCACCAUCAGUGCUACUAAUGCCACCACCACCAAGUCUACUUCUGCCACUGCCAUCACCAUUGCCACCGCCACUACCAAGACCACUCCUGACACAAAGCCCCCCAGUCCUCAACUGACCAGAUAUUGCAGCUGGAGAAGGAUAGACCAGGAACUUCAAAGCCAGGGCUUGCCGGUCUCCUACAAUAAGAAAAAUGCCAAGGGCCCAUCUAAUGAACUUGUUGCAGAAUAUUUGGCCACAGUUGUAGAAAAGCAGAGACUAACAUGCAGCCACAGGUGAGGCUUUGUCCACAUUUCCAGAAAGACACAAGAUAGUAUCAGAAAGCCAUGCCAAAAUCAACGACUGGAGGGUUUGGAGAGCCAUACAAAGAGCCUAGAAAUGUGAUUUCACCUGUACUUCAAUCACAUGAACAGCAGCAGGAGCAAAAACAGCAGCAACCACACAGGAGAUGUAACGACAGUAUUGACCAACAGCAACAACAACAGCAGCAUAAACAAUUUCUGCAGGAGGUGCAAAAACCACACCGGCAACCUCAACAACAUCAAGAUGUCCAACAACCACUCCGGGAACAUUAACAGCAACUACAACUUCAGCAACUACAACUUCAGCAAGAGUUUCAACAAACACAUCAGCAAAAACCAACAGCAGCAGCAACAACAGCACUUAUGAAAUGAAUCUAAUUGAAACUCAAAAGCCAAUGAGGAAACAUCUUUUACAAAAUGAGACAUCAUUUGUUCAUUCUUUUACAGGAUAAAGGAAAGCUUUUUUGAAAGUGUAAAUUUGCAGGAACACAAUGUAUGUUCCCUCUGUAUCUAUUUAUUGAAAUAAAUUUGACUUUAAAAAGAA